AUGGGUCGAUUCAGCCGCAAGAACAGCAGCGUGGUCUCACUCACCUCCAGCAGUAACGAAGGCUUCGAAGCCGAAACCUCUCGCGGCACGAGCAUGUACAACAGUCAAAGCGGCUCGUCCCGAGGACACGGUCCGAGCCAGCCCGUUUCGCCAUGUUCUCCUAACCCACCUCUGGCGUCGGCCAAGGACGGAACCAGCGACACGGAAUAUACCAAGUCCUCCCUCUUCGGCAGACGGCGUGGCUCAUCUGUCUCCAAGACAGAAUCCGAGUCACACGACUCUAGCUUCACCAAGUUCGGAACUGCGUCGACAAAGUCCGGCUCCAGCGGUGUCGGAACCUUCCGUGGCCUGGGACGCCGGCUAUUCAACCGCUCCAGCUCGAACCUCAAGCCUGGAUCCUCCCUCCCUUCGCGCUCACAUUCGGCCUCAUCCGACAGCACACAGGCUCAUUCGCCUCCGCUGACGCCGACGACGCCCCCGCCGCUACAGAUCCAGCCCGUUUGGCUACCCAACGGACAGAAGGACUUUUUUUCCAACUUCUCCAGCCUUCCGUCCAGCGUUGACGUCCCCGCUCAUCAAUCGCAUGGUUUGCGCAUCCCCAGCGACACCACCGUUCAGAUCAGUCCAAAGACGAGCCAAAGCGCGUUCUUUGACCUCCCCAGCUCCUUCGACAGUGGUAGAGAACACUCGUUUGAUGCCGGUCCGAGCAACGGACAUGCUUCUACCAGCACGUCUUCGCAUAGCAACACCAUCUUCUCAUCCCCAAUCUCGACCCCAAGAGCGGCUGCGCAAACUCCUUCCUUCAGCAACACACUCUCGAGACGCGAGAUCCCCGCCGUGAUCGAAGAGGAGGCCGACUCUGACUUUCUGCGUGCCGUGCUGGAUUUUGGCGAACGCGAAGACACCUCACCCACCUCGCCCUCUUACAGGGGUGGCCGAGCAGCUCCGCUUCCAACAAGAUCGAGCUCGCUGGGUCAGAUCGCAGGUAUCGCCUCGAUCCCAUCCUACGCCACUUCUUCAUCCACUCCGAGGCCGCCUAUGCACAGGACACCCGACGGUCGCAUGGUGCUCACGCAAAAAGCAGCGAAGGACUUUGAGGCGGAGGUGCCCACGCCGAGAUAUGUCGUCGUGCAGCGCAAAUUCCGCAAGGGUCUCUUUAAGAAUGCGAAUGACUCCGAGUCGGAGGACGAGUACGGGAACGAAGAAAAUGGAGACGAUGGCGAUGCCACAGUGGUUGGCUCGUCUAGCCAGGCCACGUCCGCAGGUGCACAGCAGGAGGGUCAAACUGAGGCCCCGACUCGAUUCCCGUCCUCGUUCGCAAAGUCGUCGUCGAGGACCCAUUCACCUGCCAACGAUGGCUUUCGACGUCAGGCCGGUCUCGAUUCGGCCGCCAAGAAGGCGCUCUACAAUUGCACGCUGCUCAAAGUUCACAUGCAUCUGGCGCCUACACUUGCGAGCGACGAGGAAGCACGAACGCUCAUCCCUAUCAUUGCAGCUGGAGAGGUGCUGUACAGCAACGAAGAUCUCAAAUUUCCUCGUUCGAUCAACAGCGCGUCCAAAUUGCAACAGCAUACGAGCACACACGGCUUCGCACGCAGUCUGCAGGUCGCUCUCGCGCGGACUGCGAUCAUGCGUAAACUACGACGCGACAAGUUGAGCAUCGACCAAGAAGUCGAGAUCUCUUGGUUCCAGCGUCGCUACGGCAGUGCAGGCAUUCCUGCCGAGCACAUUGCCAAGGCGCUACGACAGAGGCAGAUGGUCAGUCCCGAGGCGCUGGCUAAGGCGCCCAUCGCUGCUGCGCCCCAUGACUCGGGCGUAGCGAUUGCAACCAGUCUCGCGUCAAGCCGAAAGCUGAGCAGCAUCGUCGGCGUGGAUUCGAGCCAGAAACAUGACAAGAAUGGCAUCGUCGCGUGGGCACAAAGGCCGAGCUUUAUGGAAAGGCAUGUCGAAGUGCUGCCUGCCGACGAGUUUGCACCGGGCGAGGUGAUUGUGGCCGGAGCGGCAAAGCUUGCGCCCCAACCUGGCAUGGCGCAGUCUGCACCUCUGAAGUCGACCGUCUCCUUCUCGCCGAGAAUCCGCGUGCUAGCUGGUCUUCCUUCUGUCCAAGAAGAGAAGCAUCAACUUGACCUCAUGCUCCGAUUGAAGGAACGCGAAGCGAGGCGCGCCGCGAGGCGGGCUUCGCCCAGCGACGGCGGGGUGUGGGAAGGGCCAGAUCGUCGCGCAUCAUCCGUCUCUCGCUCACUCGGGGGUUUGCAGCCGGCUUCUCCUUCCAACAAGCAGAAGAGACUCCCGCCAUGGAUGGUACCUCCCAGUCCUCAGCUGCUGUCGCCUCAGUACAUGGGAGAGCUACGAACCUCACGGAGUGCCUCGGACGCUCCCGCUACGUUCAGUAUGCUGCAUCAGAAUGGCAGCGCGACUUCCAUUCCAGAGGUCAAGGAGCCUGAAGAGCAGGCCGCAGACAGCAGCGACGAGGAAGUUCCGUUGGCACACUUGCAGACGUUCCGAGCACACCGCAGUGCUGAGAAGGAGAGGAUACACAUGCUCGAGCAUGAGAUUGCACUCCUGAAGCACAGGGAAGGGGAGCGAGACAGGGAUGAAGAGGACAGGAAGGCGCGAGAGGAGGAGGCCAGACGGAUCGAGGCCGAGCGCGCCUAUGAGGAGCGUAAGGCUGCUUUGGAUGCGCGCAAGAUGGAGAGGAAUCGUAGAAUCUUGCAAGAGGCAAGGGAGAGGCGUGGGUUUACCAGGCAGUCGGUGCUGCUCGCCGAGCCCAAUUAUGGCGCUGGCAACCCGUUAUUAAGCCCCCACCAUAAGCUGAACCCAGGCAGUUCGCCGAGCUCGCCCAAUCUUGCCGCCGUGCACGAGCAGGCGAGUUCGAGUGUAGCUAGGGCGAUGCAGCACGACGCAUCGCUCAACAAGCUGCAAGGCAACCGCAUCGCACCUUCCGCCGGUCUUUACACGCAGCAAGAGGGGCAGAGGAGGUCCAAGACCUCGGUCGUUGCAGCCGCAACAUCGCCGAUCCAGGAGCAAACAGGCCCUCGCAUCCACCCGCCCGAUUCCGCGGUCUCGCCGCUUGUUGAUUUGCAUCGAAAUGCUUCGAUGGCCAGCCUCGUCGCGCCUGCGGGACAGCACAGCUUGCCACACCAGCGAAGCAUGGCUAUGCUGCCAACGUCUCCACAGAUCACCGAGCGAAGGACGUCGCUGAAACCACUCGCGCACGAACCGAAUCCGCAAGAUGGUUAUGCACGACUGCACCCUGCGCAGUCAAUGCAUCACUUGGCCCCGCAUUCACCCAGCAUGCAUCACCUCUCUCCGGGAUACGCUGCGUCUCCAAGCAUGCUUUCGACCAGUCCGACGGCGGGCAUGAUGUCUCCGCAGCCGUUGCUGAUGGAUCCGCGCCUUUCGAUGAGCAUGACGAACCUACAUGCGCAGGCGUAUCUCCAAGCGCAGCAUCAUGCUGCUCACAUGGCGAAUCCAGUGCUGCAGGGGCAGCCGCCGAUGGCUCAGACCGCGAAGGUCAGCUCGAGAGUGAGGCCGAGGAUCCCGGCGCCACUGGUAUCGCUGAAUGGCGACGUGGUGCCGAGCAGCGCGUUGUCAGCUCGAGGAAGCCGCUGA